UGUAUUGCCGGGCUAACAGUCCUGUCCCUUAGGCGAUGGAGCUGCUGGUGGCGGGCGUGCUGUCGUCUGCGGGCGCGGCGCUGUCGGCGGGCGAGGCGCUGCGCCGCGUCAUGGAGGCCGUGGCGGGCGGCCUGCUGCUGGAGCACGGGCCCGGCCUGCGCGACCCCUGCGAGAAGGAGCUCGUGGAUGCUAUUGGUAACUUGCCACCACAGAAGCGUGAAGACUUAACUGCGUCUGCGCAACAAUUCCUGAGACAAAUUGCUUUCAGGCAAAUUCACAAGGUGCUGGACAUGGAGCCGCUGCCGAAGCUGAAGCACGCGGCGGGCGGCUGGAAGUUCCCGCGCAAGCGCCGCCGCUCCAACACCGACCCCGACCCCGAUACGCCCAACGGCGAAGGCAAAGUGGUGAAGACGGAAGAAAAGAUGGACGCCACGGACUCAAGCGGCAAGAAGUAACGCGGCGAGCGAGCGCCCGCGCCGCCUCCGCUGCCGCCGGGUCUCAUACACCACUAUUUAUUCACACCGAGUGCAAAAUACGAUGUCAUCUGUCGGAUAUUUUAGUACAUUUAUAUUUUGUGUAAAACGUUUACACGUUAUUUUUCGGUCACACUGACUUUAUAGAUGGUUUUCGAGCAGACGAUCUGUCCAAAAUUAUACUAAAAUUAGUCCCGAGAUAUUUGUAGUUUCGAAUUAGGUAGAUCUUUAGGUUCUCUAUCUUGUAUGUAAUUUAGUGUUAGACGUUGCGAGAAUUGUGAGACAGGGAUAAAAGCUGGCUGAGUACUGAAGAAUGGCGUAGAUAGGACGACGAAUGGAAUUAGAGCUUGUAAGUUUCAUUUUAUUAUUAUAACUAUUAUUAGGGUAACAGUAUUUGACUUUGUUUAGUUCCUCUUGGCUCGCUCGCGCGGCCGUCCGCUACGCGAUCCGAUUUUAUUUUUACCUUCGAUACCAUAUAUAUUUUCUAUUUAGCUAUUAAGUUUGUAUAUUUACGAGAGUAGAUAAAUGGGUGCGUGGCCGAGUCCCCCAGUGUUCGACGCACCCGUGGUCGACGCCCCCCGGUCAGUGAAAUUUGAUUUGAAGCAAUUUUUAAUAAAUGUACAGUCAGGCACAAAAAUGGGCGUGGGCUUAAAAUUACCCUAUCUUAAUACCCACGAAGUUUGUCUAACCUUCAGCCAAACACCCUUUAUCAGUCUUUAAAAUAACUCUACUCUCUCUACAUUUAACUAAUUACAAAUAAAAGUUUAAAUUAUAUAAGUUUUAAGUAUUUAUAACCAAAAAAUUAUAACAUUUUAAUUUUUGUAAUAAUAACAAAAAUAACAAUUAAUAGGAAUUAAAUCACAUCUUUUACUUUUUAGUAUAACAACAGUAACAUGCAAAAUCAUUAUUUUUUCAUUAGUUUUCGUUGACUGUACUUAGUGCAAAAGCCGAAAAAAAUAUGAUAUUAAAUUAAUUUAAAUCAGGGGCGUCGACCACGGGUGCGUCGAACACUGGGGGACUCGGCCACGGACCCAGAUAAAUCACCUAUUUACAAUAGGUAUAUUGUUCUUGCGUGCAAGUAAUUGAUUAGUGAGAUGUAAAAGCAAUCACUGUUUUUUUUUUUCGUUUAACUUGUUCGACAAAGUUAAGUACGGUGUUGUACUGAAAAUUGCUGUUACAAAGAUUUGCCGAUUGUGCGAAUUUAGAAUAUUGAACUAGUAGUUAAUAAAUAUAUUCCCAAUUAUAUUUAAAUCAAAAUUUGCAAAGGAAACUCGAAAAUAAAAUGUAAACGAAUGUCUCGUAAUCUCCUAAAAAUGUAUCAAACCGUGUGUCGUGUAAGUAGCGAGUUACAGGUAGAUUGAAUAACGGAGGUUUCUGCGGCAGUGGAGCGGCGCGGGAUUUGCUACGUCAAACGUCGGCGAGACUUGACGUGACAACUCUUACGUCACAAGUCACCACUCCCGCGCCGCCCCACUACCAUAGGAACCUUUACAGUUAUGUGAUGUGCCUGUAGUUUAGCUUAGUUUCCAUAGAUGUGGUAAUUUUUCAUACACGUGUGCAUUAUUGUCCCAUAGUGAAAGUUGUUGUAGAUGAUAUAAAUUCUAUCUACUUUCAAAGAAUAACCCUAAAAAUUAUUUUUGACUAUUUCAUAGGAGAAUAAUUAAUUACGAGGCAUUUGGGCGUGUUAAUGUGUCCCCCCGCGCGAAGACUUCAAAUCUUCAACNUCAACGACGGAAUCGAGCCGUCGCGUGUCGUACGCACCACGAUAUUGGGAAAUUGAAGUGGAUGUGAUUAACUAAUAUAUUUCAUUAGAAUGGGUAUAACAUAUAAUUGUUGCCCUUAGAUAGAUAUUGUAAAUUAAUAAAAAAAUGUCGGACACGGAAAUGCAAUGUUUUAUUAUUAUUGUUUCUUUAAAACAUUGGUAAAUCUUUGUUUUGUAUCGUAAAGUGUACUUU